AUGGCUCUGGACGACCCGCGUUUGGAAUGGAUACGGGACCGGGUGUACGGGGCGUUCGGCCUGUCCGACCCGGCCUGCUUCGAGGAGCUGCUUAACCGGAACGACGGGGAACACGAGGGCAAACUGCUAAAGUUCCUGAAUGAAACCUCGGCGGAGGAGGGCGCUUCGACCCUGCUCUUCUUCAAGAGAGUCCGGGAGGAGGAGGUCGAGGUGGAGAUAGCGAUAGAGCCAGAAGAGUUUUUACAGCUUGACAGUGUACCACACGAUGACCACAUGAUUAAUAAACUGGAUAUGGAGGAGCUUGACAAAGAACUUGUGGACACAGAUUUGGUCCAUUCUUCAGAUGACAAACACAAGCGGGAACCACUGAGAGACACUGUGACUCCAAAUAAAGAUCUUGAUGGAAAAGCUAUUAUCAAAACAGAAACAUCAGAGACUGCAAGUGUUUUGGGAUCCACUCAUGAGGAAAGCCAUGAAGAAGAUGUUCCUUCAUUUCCCCUUACUAAAAUGAUUAGACAGAAGGUUUACCGCACUUUUCUUCAUGUUUCAUUCAACUGUAUACCCGAAGAAUUUGCAAAUUCAAAUGCUUUAUAUUUUCUCCGAAACAGUCAAGAAACUAUUUUAGAGCCCAAUGAUAUACAAGAGGCUAAUGAUGUAAUGCCUAUGUUUUUGGAAUAUGGGAUCUUGAAUGGCCAUUCUUUGCUGAUGCUGAAACAAGUCUUUGCACAGGUUUUUAUGCCUCUACUGUCCUACAAUCAGCACAAAAAUGGGGACAUCUCUACUCAGCUGGAUCAACCACAGCCAGAAGGAUCUGACAAAGAAACGGACGACAGAGAUGUCAAUAAAGAAGAACCCACGCAAGAACUGCGAAGUGUUCAGCUGAUUAGAGAUGAACUCUUAAUGAAUAUGCAGAAGUUCCUGAACCAUAUUCAGCAAACAAUACAACAGCUUGAGGGAGAAAUUAAAUUAGAGAUGCCCCAUGUAAAUCUGGAAGUCGAUCCUGCAGUCCUAGCAGCAGACCCAUCUGUUGUUGAAAAACUUGGGCAAUGUGUAAUGAAUUGGCAGACACAAAUGUCUGCAGCUUUGGAGGAACUGCUACAAAAGAAACCUCAGGGUAAUGGACCUCUGGCAGAAAUUGAUUUCUGGCGUGAAAGAAACGCCACUUUAAGUGCACUUAGUGAACAGCUCAAAUUGCCUGCUGUGAAGAAGGUUUUGAAUGCUCUGUCCAUUGCUGACCCUGGUUUAGUCCAAAACCUGGAUUUAACGGUCGCAGAGCUGGUAAAAUAUCAUGUGGAGGCUGCUGAUAAUGUCCGAUUUCUCUCAACUUUGGAACGUCAUUUCAAGAAUUUAGCUCAUGGCACAGGAUUUAAUGUUGUUCUGGACACCAUUCCACCUAUGAUGAAUGCAUUAAGAAUGGUAUGGAUUAUCUCUCGUCAUUACAACAAGGAUGAAAGGAUGGUACCAUUAAUGGAGAGAAUUGCCUGGGAAAUUGCAGAAAGGGUUUACAGAGUUCUCAACAUACGCUCAUUGUUUAGAGAGAACAGGGAAACCGCAAAAAACAAGGCUAUGGAUGCCAGACGGAGCCUGGAUUUGUGGAAAAGUGCUUAUCUUGGCAUGCGUGCCAAGAUUGAAGCUUCAGGAAGAGACCAACGAUGGGAGUUUGACAGAAAACGAUUGUUUGAGAAAACGGACUAUUUGUCUGGUAUAUGUCAGGACCUCUUCAAUGUUCUGCAGGUUCUGGAAGAGUUCUACAACAUUUUUGGCCCUGAACUGAAAGCUGUCACUGGGGACCCAAAGCGAAUUGAUGAUGUAUUGCGGAGAGUCAAUGGCUUAAUACAGCCUAUUGAAACCUUGAGCUUUGAUCCUUUCAACAUAAAAUGUGCACAGCAAUGGAAGAUUAUCAUGGAAGACUUUAAAAGUGAAGUUCUGGCCAUUGAAGGAGAGGCCAUAAACUUCAUAGAUGAAUCGUUUAAAACUCUACGAUCAGCUGAAGCAGCAUUUGAUAUGCUAUUGAAAUUUAAGCACAUACGUUCACGAGAUGCCAUCAACAAACAGAUGAUGAUGAAAUUUAAUGAUAUCCUGGAACAGUAUUGUAAAGAGGUUGAUAUAGUGAACAAGCUUUUCACCAAACACCAAGACAACCCUCCACUUUACAAGGAUCAUCCUCCUGUGGCUGGAUCCAUAUACUGGGAGAGAUCACUUUUCCACCGCAUCAAGCACACCGUCAUCAGAUUUCUGGAAGUGGAAGAAAUGUUGACUACAGAGAGAGGGAAGACAGCAAAAGCUAAAUAUUUGGAAGUUGCCAGAAAAAUGAAGGAGUAUGAAGAUUUAAAAUAUGAAAUGUGGAAAGAGAACACAGCUCAGAUACUACCCAUGCUGCUGAAAAGAAGUUUACUUGUUAACAUUCAUACAUCCAGAGCUAGUGUCCAGUCGAAUGCAUCUGUUUCUGAUCUGAAUGCAGACCACAUUGAGGCAGAUAGCGAUUAUAAGACCGUCCGUUAUGCGGUAAACUUUGCACCUGAGCUGCAAGAAAUUAUUACAGAAACAAAGCACUUGGAGCAGCUAGAAUUUUCUGUUGGUGAAUUGCCGAGAAAUGUUGCACUUCAAGAAGAAAAGUUCUUAAGGUACACUGGGGACAUGAAACACAUGCUGACAUCCUAUGAGAAAAUGAUGGGAUUACUAAAUGAAGCUGAAACACAGCUCCUUGAAGGCCACAUUCGAGACCUUUUGAAAGUCUUUCGAUCUGGAUAUAGAAGACUGAACUGGAAUUCAUUAGGCAUUGAAGACUACAUCAAGCGCUGUGUCCAGGCAGUUUCAAAGUUUGAAUCAUUGGUUCAUAAACUCCAGAAGAAUGCAAAUGACAUUCAUUCCACCUUAUCAGCCAUUGAGUUUGCCAACCUCUUUAAAUGUAUGCCUACGAAAUUUGGAACAGACAUUCCAGAUGUGAAAGAAUUCUUUGAGCAUAUUGAAUCAGAACGCUCAAAAGUCAUUGAUAUUAUGGUAAGAAAGUAUUCAGCAGUUGGAUCAAUACUAACUAAAAUCGAAGGACUUGUUUUGAACACAAACACCGGAAGAAACCCUAAAAUGGCUCCGUAUUAUGUCUACUGGGAAGGACAAGUUUACAGCACCCUAACAAAGAUGGUCUUAAGAAAUUUUCAGGCAUUUAAUACUCUUAUACUUGGAAAUAUUCCUCUGUUUCAAGUUGAAGCAAUCCUGUCUGCCCCAGAGAUCAUCCUUAAUCCUAAUUUCAAUGAAAUCUACAAACUGACUAGUCAGUGCUACAAAGGCUGUAUAGAGGCUUCAAAGAGUUUUAUACGUUGGAUGCAUGGAACUUGCCUUAUCUGCCCACCACAAAAAGUAGAGGAAAACGAACCUUUUAUCUACAAUUUCUACAGUGAGAUUUCUCAGAAUCCUCUUAUUGGUGACCAAAUUCGAAUCAUCAACCACAGCAUGCACCGUCUGCUCACAUCUCUUACUAAGUACUUGAACCGGUGGAAAAGGUAUCGUCCUCUGUGGAAGAUGGAUAAAGCCAUUGUUCUGGAAAAGUUUGUUCUUAAGAAGCCAUCUUGUGUCACAUAUGAUGAAAAAUUGCAGUUCUACACCAGGCUAGCUCAAGAGGUGACACUGCAACCUCUAAUUAAAGAUGAGCGUUGUGUUAGGCUAUACCUGGGUCCAUUAGCCUUCACUGUGCAGGAGAAUGCAAGAGCCUGGGUGAACUCCCUUGGGAACCUUCUCAAUGAAUCAGCCAGAUUAGAACUCUAUAAUCUCAAGGAUGAACUGCAGAUGCUAUCUGGUAAUCUGAAGAAAACUCCAGAUACUCUAGAAGAUCUAAAGUUUGUCCUUGCCACCAUUGCAGAAAUUAAAGACAUGUCUCUCAUGGUCGAAUUGCGGUAUUGUGAUAUCCGGGAGAGAUACCGUACUUUGACGAUGUAUAACAUUGAGUUUGAAGAAGAGGAGAAAGUUUUGUCAGAAAGUAUUACACAGAUUUGGGAAGACCUUGUAGAAGAGUCAAAACGUGUUGACCAUUCCCUUGGAAGAGUGAAAAAGACAUUUACCCAGACCACAAAAGAUCAGAUUGAAGACUACAAGAAAAAACUCCUAAAAUUUGCAACCCAAUUCCGUACAGAAGGGCCUGGAGCUGUCAGUGAUGAUCUUGAUAAAGGAUCACAGGUACUUGCUUUGUAUGAAAAAGAACUCGCAAUUUAUGAAAAGAACCGCCAAGAACUGGCAAAUGCUGAAAAACUGUUUGACCUUCCCAUCACAAUGUAUCCAGAACUCAUAGCAGUCCAGAAAGAAAUGAUGGGUUUGUCCCAAAUAUAUGCAAUCUACAAUACGCAAAAGCUUGCCAAAGACGAAUGGUCACAAACACUGUGGGCAAAUCUGAAUGUGCAAUUUCUGCUGGAUGGUAUUGAUGGCUUUCUCAAGACAUACAGGAAGCUGCCAAAAGAUGUACGAAGCCUGCCAGUGGCUUUUCAUCUAGAAUCCAAAAUGAAGGAGUUUAAAGACUCAAUUCCUUUACUGCUUGAUCUCAAGAAUGAAUCUCUUCGAGACAGGCACUGGAAGGAACUUAUGAGAAAAACUGGGACAAGUUUUGAGAUGAACCCUGACACCUUUACGUUACAGAACAUGUUUGCUAUGGAGCUACACAAAUACAAAGAUGUUAUCAGUGAUAUUGUAGCAGCAGCUGUAAAGGAGUUGAGCAUUGAGAAGGGUGUAAAAGAAAUUGUAGACACUUGGGAAAAUAUGAAAUUCAUUGUACUAAAAUAUAUUAAGGGCACUCAAGAGCGUGGCUAUAUAUUGGGCGCUGUCGAUGAUAUCCUUCAAAUUCUUGAUGAUAAUGCAAUGAACUUGCAGAGUAUAUCUGGAAGUCGAUUUGUUGGCCCAUUUCUCAACACUGUACAACUAUGGGAAAAAACCCUCUCUUUAAUUGGAGAAAUUAUUGCGGUGUGGAUGGUGGUGCAAAGAAAAUGGAUGUAUCUGGAAAGCAUUUUUAUUGGAGGAGAUAUAAGAGGCCAGUUGCCUGAGGAGGCAAAGAAAUUUGACAACAUUGAUAGAGUAAUCAAGAGGAUAAUGUCUGAAACCGUAAAAGAUCCCGUUAUUAAAAGAUGCUGCCAAGCCUCUAAUCGCCUAUCUGAUUUACAAAACCUCAGUGAGGGCCUAGAGAGAUGUCAGAAGAGCUUGAAUGAUUACCUGGACUCAAAGAGAAAUGCCUUCCCGAGAUUUUUCUUUAUAUCGGAUGAUGAGCUGCUUAGUAUACUUGGAAGCAGUGAUCCAGCCUGUGUCCAGGAGCACAUCAUCAAGAUGUAUGACAACAUUGCAUCCUUAAAAUUCCAAGUGGGGGAUAAUGGUGAAACUGUGGCAACCGCUAUGAUCUCAGCUGAAGGGGAAGUGAUGCCAUUCCGCAAGUCUAUACCCGCUGAAGGACGAGUUGAAGAGUGGAUGACAGCUGUACUACAAGAGAUGAGGAGGACAAACAGACUCAUAACCAAGGAGGCUAUAUUUAGAUACUGUGAGGACAAAAGCAGGGUAGACUGGAUGCUAAUGUACCAGGGCAUGGUGGUAUUGGCUGGUAAUCAGGUAUGGUGGACCUGGGAAGUAGAAGACGUCUUUCAAAAAGUAAAGAAAGGGGAGAAACUAGCCCUGAAGAAUUAUGCAAAGAAAAUGCACCAGCAGAUUGAUGAGCUUGUUACCAGAAUAACCCAACCUUUAGAGAGGAACGACAGGAAGAAAUAUAAUACUGUCCUUAUCAUUGACGUGCAUGCCAGAGACAUUGUGGACAUAUUUGUAAGAGACAGUAUUAUGGAUGCCCGGGAGUUUGAAUGGGAAAGCCAGCUGCGAUUUUACUGGGACAGAGAGCCUGAUGACCUAAAUGUUCGACAGUGUACUGGAACAUUUGCUUAUGGCUAUGAGUACAUGGGCCUAAAUGGAAGACUGGUCAUUACCCCACUGACCGAUCGCAUAUACCUAACACUGACUCAGGCACUGUCCAUGUAUCUUGGGGGAGCACCGGCUGGGCCAGCAGGAACUGGUAAAACUGAGACAACUAAAGACCUGGCUAAAGCGCUUGGAUUGCUCUGUGUCGUUACAAACUGUGGCGAAGGAAUGGAUUAUAAAGCUGUAGGUAAAAUCUUCUCUGGACUUGCCCAGUGUGGAGCCUGGGGAUGUUUUGAUGAGUUCAAUCGAAUAGAUGCUUCUGUGCUAUCAGUGAUCUCCUCCCAGAUCCAGACAAUUCGGAAUGCAUUGAUUCAUCACCUCAAGAAAUUUCAGUUUGAAGGACAGGAAAUAGCUUUGGAUUCUCGAAUGGGUAUCUUCAUUACCAUGAAUCCUGGCUAUGCUGGCCGUACAGAGUUGCCGGAAUCUGUCAAGUCUCUUUUCAGGCCUGUUGUGGUAAUUGUACCAGACCUCCAGCAAAUUUGUGAAAUCAUGCUGUUUUCAGAAGGAUUUCUACAAGCCAAAAACCUAGCUAAAAAGAUGACUGUGUUAUAUAAACUUGCACGGGAACAGCUUUCUAAGCAGCAUCAUUAUGACUUUGGCUUGCGUGCCCUCAAAUCUGUGCUGGUGAUGGCUGGAGAACUGAAAAGAGGGUCACCUGAGCUGAAUGAGGAUGUUGUUUUGAUGAGGGCCCUGCGAGACAUGAAUCUCCCUAAAUUUGUAUUUGAAGAUGUUCCCCUGUUUCUUGGUUUAAUUUCUGACCUGUUUCCGGGACUGGAUUGCCCACGUGUUCGCUACCCAAGUCUUAACGAUGCUGUAGAAGAAGCCCUUCUUGAGGGCAAAUAUAUCUUGUUACCAACACAGGUGGAUAAGGUAGUUCAGAUGUAUGAGACCAUGCUAACACGUCACACAACCAUGGUGGUUGGACCCACCGGAGGAGGAAAAUCUGUCGUAAUCAACACAUUGUGCUUCGCACAGACAAAACUUGGUCUUGUUACCAAAUUAUACACACUGAAUCCCAAGUCCAUGAGUGUGAUUGAAUUAUAUGGCAUCCUGGAUCCUACGACCAGAGAUUGGACAGAUGGGGUCCUAUCGAAUAUCUUCAGGGAAAUUAACAAGCCCACUGAUAAAAAAGAGAGAAGAUAUAUUCUUUUUGAUGGAGAUGUGGAUGCUCUGUGGGUGGAAAAUAUGAAUUCAGUGAUGGAUGACAACAAGUUAUUGACCUUGGCAAAUGGAGAGCGCAUUAGACUUCAGCCACACUGUGCAUUAUUAUUUGAGGUUGGAGAUUUGCAGUAUGCAUCCCCUGCAACAGUAUCUCGCUGUGGCAUGGUAUUUGUUGAUCCCAAAAACCUAAAAUAUCAACCUUAUUGGCAGAAAUGGGUCAACAAUAGGCAAAGCAAGCAAGAGCUAACCGAAUUAAACCGCUUAUUUGAGAAAUAUGUCCCUCAGUGCCUAGACAUGAUUGUUGAAGGAAUCAUGGAUGGAAAACAAGUAGAAAAGUUAAAAAUGAUUGUUCCUCAGACUGAUCUGAACAUGGUGACCCAGUUGUCCAUGAUGUUGGAUGCAUUAAUUCCAAAAGAAAUUGAGGAUGCGGAUGUUUUGGAAUGCUACUUUAUUGAGGCCUUAUACUGCUCUCUGGGAGGAACAUUGCUUGAAGCAGGAAGGGUUAAAUUUGACGAGUAUAUUAAACGUUUGGCCUCAAUGUCAACUUCCUAUGAGGAGCAUGCAUUAGCUGGACCUGGUGAGCUUCCAGGUCAGUUGCCCACUAUUUACGAUUUCCACUUUGAUGGAGAAAAAAAGAAGUGGAUACCUUGGAGUAAAUUGGUUCCUCAAUACAACCAUAAAUCCGAUGUGAAGUUUAUUGAUAUACUAGUUCCCACCGUGGACACUACACGUACCACGUGGCUCUUGGAGCAGAUGGUAAAAAUUAAAAGGCCAGUGGUUCUCGUUGGCGAAUCUGGCACUUCUAAGACAGCAACUACAUUGAACCUCCUUAAGAACCUCAACAGAGACAACACUAUGCUCCUGACCAUUAACUUUUCCUCACGUACAACAUCUAUGGAUAUCCAAAGAAACCUGGAAGCCAAUGUUGAAAAACGUACAAAAGAUACCUUUGGACCCCCAAUGGGAAAGCGUUUGCUGGUUUUCAUGGAUGACCUGAAUAUGCCAAAGGUUGAUGAAUAUGGUACACAGCAGCCCAUUGCUCUUUUAAAGUUGCUUCUUGAGAAAGGUGGCAUGUAUGACCGUGGAAAGGAGCUAAACUGCAAAUUUCUAAGAGACCUUGGCUUCAUAGCUGCUAUGGGGAAAGCUGGUGGUGGCCGUAAUGAAGUGGAUCCUCGAUUUGUGUCCCUGUUCACUGUGUUUAAUGUCUUGUUUCCUUCGGAGGAGUCCCUACAUCUUAUAUAUGCUUCUAUUUUGAAAGGACAUACAAAGCUGUUUCAUGAAGAUAUACAAGCCAUCUGUGACAAGCUGACCUUCUGCACUUUGGAACUCUACAGACUGAUUGUCCGAGACUUGCCCCCUACUCCAUCAAAGUUUCAUUAUAUAUUCAAUCUGCGCGAUCUCUCCAGGGUUUACAAUGGCAUGGUUCUUACUACUCCAGAAAGAUUCCUGACUGUGGGUCAGAUGGUGCGAGUAUGGAGAAACGAAGCCCUACGUGUAUUCCAUGAUAGGCUCAUUAAUGAAGAUGAUAAGAAAGUGGUCCAAGGCCAUUUAGAACAUUUGAUAGCAGAACAUUUUCCUGCUGAUUUGGAACAUGCCAUGAAGGAUCCCAUUCUUUUUGGAGACUACAGGACUGCGAUGCAGGAGGGAGAGCCUCGAGUGUAUGAGGACAUCCAGGAUUAUGAUGCCUCUAAAGCUCUCUUUCAGGAAAUUCUUGAAGAAUACAACGAAAUGAAUACCAAAAUGAACCUUGUUCUUUUUGAUGAUGCUCUUGAGCACCUCACUCGCAUACACCGCGUUAUAAGGAUGGAUCGAGGUCAUGCAUUGUUGGUUGGCGUUGGAGGGUCUGGAAAGCAAUCGCUGGCUCGACUUGCUGCUUUUGCAGCUGGUUAUGAGGUUUUUGAAAUUGUGCUAAGUCGAGGUUAUGGAGAGAAUAGUUUCCGUGAGGAUCUCAAGAUUCUCUACACGAAACUUGGUCUGGAAAAUAAAAAGAUGAUUUUCUUGUUUACUGAUGCUCAUGUGGCAGAAGAAGGUUUCCUGGAACUGAUCAACAACAUGCUAACAUCAGGCAUUGUUCCAGCUCUUUUCCCUGAUGAUGAGAGGGAAUCAAUAUUGGGUCAAGUCAGGGAUGAAGCUACUAAAUGUGGUAUGGGCCCUGCCAAAGAAAGCAUUUGGCAGUUCUUUGUAAAUAAGAGUGCCAACAAUCUUCAUAUCGUUCUUGGAAUGUCACCAGUUGGUGAAACCCUAAGGACAAGAUGCCGAAAUUUUCCAGGUUUGGUAAACAAUACUGGGAUAGAUUGGUUCCUGCCAUGGCCACCGCAAGCUUUGUAUGCAGUUGCAAAAUCAUUUUUAGGAGACAAUGAAAUGAUCCCAUCCCAGCAUUUGGAGCCAGUGAUUGGCCAUGUGGUCAUGGUCCAUGAUUCUGUUGGGAAGUUCAGCAAGAAGUUUCAGCAGAAAUUAAGGCGCAGUAACUAUGUUACUCCAAAGAAUUACCUUGAUUUCAUCAACACAUAUUCAAGACUGUUGGAAGAGAAGAACCAGUUUAACUUUGCUCAAUGCAAACGUCUGGAAGGGGGUCUGGACAAACUGAAAGAAGCCACUGUUCAAUUGGCUGAACUAAAUGAAAAGCUGGCUGAACAGAAGAAAGUGUUAGCUGAGAAGUCAACUGCUUGUGAAGCUUUGUUGCAAGAGAUUUCAGACAACACAAAAGUUGCUGAGGAAAAAAGGGAGCUUGCUGAAGAGAAGGCAGCAGAGAUAGAGGAACAAAAUAAAAACAUUGCAGUCGAGAAACAAGAAGCAGAGAGUGCCUUGGCAGAUGCUAUGCCAAUACUGGAAGCUGCCAAAUUGGAACUGCAGAAACUGGAUAGGUCGGAUGUAACUGAGAUUAGGGCAUUUGCAAAACCACCAAAGCAAGUUCAAACUCUAUGUGAGUGUAUUCUGGUGAUGAGGGGGUUUAAGGAGAUAAGCUGGAAAAGUGCAAAAGGCAUGAUGUCUGAUCCGAAUUUCCUAAAAUCGCUAAUGGAGAUGGAUUUUGAUGCGAUUACCCCAAAUCAAGUCAAAAUGGUCCGAGGUUUCCUGAAAAAUCAGAACGUAACCGUUGAGGAAAUGGAGAACAUCAGUAAGGCGGGCUCAGGAAUGUUGAAAUUUGUGGAAGCUGUUAUGGGUUAUUGUGAUGUGGCCAAAGAGAUCAAGCCGAAAAGGGAAAAGGUAGCGAAACUAGAGCGUAACUAUUACAUAAGCAAGCGUGACCUGGAGAAGAUCCAGGCAGAGCUAGCCGUUAUUCAGAGUGAGCUGAAAGCACUGGGAAAGAAAUAUGAGGCUGCUAUCACUGAAAAGCAAAAACUGCAAGAGGAGGCAGAAAUAAUGGAGCGUAGACUGAUUGCGGCUGACAAACUCAUUUCUGGAUUGGGAUCUGAGAACAUAAGAUGGACAAAUGAUUUAGAAGAAUUAAAAGUGAGGAGAGUAAAGUUGCUUGGGGACUGUUUACUAUGUUCAGCAUUUCUGAGCUACGAAGGUGCUUUUAACUGGGAGUUCCGGAAGGAAAUGGUAUAUACCGCAUGGCAGCAGGACGUACAAGAUCGGGAAAUUCCUCUCAGCCAACCAUUUAGAGUGGAAAGCCUCCUUACUGAUGAAGUUGAAAUAAGCAGGUGGGGUUCUGAAGGUCUGCCCCCUGAUGAACUCUCAAUACAGAAUGGAAUAUUAACCACUCGAGCCAGUCGUUUCCCCCUGUGUAUAGACCCACAGCAGCAAGCAUUAAACUGGAUCAAGAGGAAGGAGGAAAGAAAUAAUCUAAAGAUCUCUUCGUUUAAUGAUCCAGACUUUCUAAAGCAAUUAGAAAUGGCUAUAAAGUAUGGCCUCCCAUUCCUUUUUCAAGAUGUAGAUGAGUAUAUUGAUCCAGUCAUUGAUAAUGUAUUGGAGAAGAAUAUAAAGGGUGCCCAAGGCCGACAAUUUAUUAUUCUUGGAGACAAAGAAGUGGAUUAUGAUCCAAACUUCAAACUGUAUUUAAACACCAAGUUAUCUAACCCCAAGUAUUCUCCUUCAGUGUUUGGUAAAGCCAUGGUCAUCAAUUAUACAGUUACUCUGAAAGGUUUAGAAGAUCAGUUGCUGAGUGUAAUUGUUGGGAUUGAAAAAAGAGAGCUAGAGGAGCAGAGGGAAAAUCUCAUUCAAGAAACCAGUGAAAACAAAAAGUUGCUAAAGGACUUAGAGGAUUCUUUGCUGCGAGAACUUGCAACGUCCACUGGUAACAUGCUGGAUAACGUAGAACUGGUUCAAACCCUGGAAGAAACAAAAUCAAAGGCUAUAGAGGUUUCUGAAAAACUGAAACUAGCAGAGAUAACUGCGGUAGAUAUUGACAGGUUACGAGAUGGAUACAGGCCUGCUGCCAAACGUGGUGCUAUCCUUUUCUUUGUCCUAUCGGAGAUGGCGCUGGUCAACUCGAUGUAUCAAUAUUCACUGUCAUCAUUUUUGGCUGUGUUUGAUUUCUCCCUACGAAAAUCUAUGCCGGAUGGCAUUUUAGUCAAAAGAUUGAAGAACAUCAUGGAUACUUUGACCUUCAACAUAUAUAACUAUGGAUGUACAGGUUUAUUUGAGAAACAUAAAUUGCUGUUUUCCUUCAAUAUGACCAUCAAGAUUGAGCAAGCGGAUGGCAGGGUGCCUCAGGAGGAGCUGGAGUUUUUCUUAAAAGGAAACAUUUCCCUGGAGAAAAGCAAAAGGAAGAAGCCUUGUUCUUGGCUUUCAGACCAAGGAUGGGAAGACAUUAUACGGCUCUCUGAACUGUUUCCAUCAUUAUUUGGGUCUCUUCCUGAUGAGGUGGAGAGACAGGAGACAAGCUGGAAAUCUUGGUACGACCUGGACACGCUGGAACAGUAUCCAUUCCCACUAAGCUACAACAACAAGCUUUCUAACUUCCAAAAACUGCUGCUUCUGCGUUGCUUCCGAGUGGACCGUGUUUACAGAGCAGUCACAGACUAUGUCACAGUUACUAUGGGAGUAAAGUAUGUGCAGCCUCCAGUAAUAAGUUUUGAAGCAAUAUUUGAACAAAGUGUCCCUUCCUCACCAAUUGUAUUUAUACUGAGUCCGGGCUCUGACCCUGCCAUAGACCUGAUGAAGCUAGCCGAAAGGUCUGGGUUUGGUGGAAAUAGACUUAGGUUUCUUGCCAUGGGACAAGGCCAGGAAAAGGUGGCUCUCCAGCUCCUAGACGUCGCUGUGUCCCGUGGGCAGUGGCUCAUGUUACAGAACUGCCAUCUCUUGGUGAAGUGGUUGAAGGAUUUGGAAAAAACCUUAGAGAUGAUAAGGAAACCUCAUCCAGACUUCCGUUUGUGGCUUACUACAGAUCCCAUCAAGGACUUCCCUAUUGGAAUACUACAGAAAUCUCUGAAGGUUGUUACCGAACCUCCUAAUGGGUUGAAGCUGAACAUGAGGGCGACUUACUUCAAGAUCACACAUGAAGCUCUGGAUACUUGCCCACACCCUGCAUUCAAAUCCCUGGUCUAUAUGCUUGCGUUUUUCCACGCAGUGGUGCAGGAACGGAGAAAGUUUGGGAAGAUUGGCUGGAAUGUGCCAUAUGACUUUAAUGAAUCUGAUUUUCAGGUCUGCAUGGAGAUAUUAAAUACAUAUUUGACCAAAGCUUCUGAACAAAAUGAUACUAAGAUACCAUGGGGAAGCCUUAAGUAUUUAAUUGGAGAGGUUAUGUAUGGUGGUCGUGCAAUUGACAGCUUUGAUCGUCGUAUACUCACCAUCUAUAUGAAUGAAUAUUUAGGCGACUUUAUAUUUGACACAUUCCAGCUGUUUCAUUUCUAUAAAAAUGAAGAUGUUGACUACAAAAUUCCUAAUGGAACAACAAAAGAUGAAUUUGUUGAGGAAAUAGAAUCUCUUCCACUUGCAAACACUCCUGAAGUUUUUGGACUUCAUUCAAAUGCUGAAAUUGGAUAUUAUACACAGGCAGCUCGAGAUAUGUGGUCUCAUCUUCUGGAACUGCAACCUCAAACAGGUGAAUCUGGCACCGGUAUCAGUCGGGAUGAGUACAUUGCACAGGUGGCAAAGGACAUUGAGUCCAAGCUGCCCCAAGUAUUUGAUUUGGAUCAGAUCAGAAAGAAUUUGGGGCUAGAGAUAUCACCUACAACAGUUGUGCUGCUGCAGGAGUUGGAACGGUUUAACAAACUCAUCGUUCGCAUGUCCAAAUCCCUGGCUGAACUGCAAAGGGCUUUGGCUGGUGAAGUUGGGAUGAGCAAUGAGUUGGAUGAUGUAGCCCGAUCGCUAUUUAAUGGACAGAUUCCGAAUAUAUGGAGGAGAUUGGCUCCUGCUACUCUGAAGUCUUUGGGAAAUUGGAUGAUCCACUUCAGGAGACGAUUUAAUCAGUAUACUUCCUGGGUAAAAGAUGGUGAACCAAAUGUAAUGUGGCUGUCAGGUCUUCAUAUCCCAGAAUCAUACCUGACUGCUCUUGUACAAGCCACCUGCAGAAAGAACGGAUGGCCCCUUGAUCGCUCUACGUUGUACACUCAAGUUACCAAGUUCCAUAGCGCUGAUGAGGUUAUUGAAAGGCCUGGGCAAGGAUGCUUUAUUUCUGGUCUGUACUUGGAAGGGGCUGAUUGGGAUAUAGAAAACUCAUGUUUAAUUAAAAGUCAACCAAAAGUACUUAUUGUUGAGUUGCCUGUUUUGAAGGUUAUUCCAAUUGAAUCUCAUCGUCUGAAAUUGCAGAACACCUUCAAGACUCCAGUCUACACCACAUCCAUGAGGAGGAAUGCAAUGGGAGUGGGUCUAGUUUUUGAAGCCGAUCUCUUUACUACUAAACACAUUUCGCACUGGGUGCUUCAAGGAGUUUGCCUCACUCUGAAUUCUGAUUAAAUCCAUCAUUUUAGAAUUAUUUCGGACAUGGAAACUGUAAAAUAGUUAAUAUAUAAUUCAGAUUGUUAUAUGUUUAUGUAUUCAGAA